AUAUCUAUAAAACCAAGCGAGCGCCGGCAUGAGAGCAAAUCCAUUUCAGAAGACGGCCUCGACUUGAUUGCAUAUGCAGGUGUAAUGGAUAAUGGACCCGCUGUCAAAGCUGCUGGCUUCCUUACCUUGAUAAUCAUCAGCAUUCCUGCCAACCUGGCUGUUGUUGGAGCCUUCUUGUACAGCUUCCUGACUGAGGGGAAGCCCAUGACGACUGAUAUCAUCCUGUGCCACUUGGCAUUUGUUAAUCUGAUGGUCGCCUUUGUGCGCAGCAUCCCACAGACUCUCACUGCCCUUGGUUACCAGAAUCUUUUUGAUGACAUUGGUUGCAAGAUGAGUAUCUUCAGCUUCCGCAUCUUUCGGGGCCUCUCCAUAAGUCUGACCUGUCUGCUCAGCACAUACCAAGCAGUCCUCCUGGCACCCAUGUCCUCCAAGUUCUCCAUAUUGAAAUACAAAAUCCCACAAUACCUUCUGCAAAUUUUCCUCUGCUUCUACAUGUUUUCAUCUGCAACGAGUGUGCACCCUAUCCUGUACGCAGUGUCAAAAUUGGUCAACAACACCAUCCCUCCAUAUACGUUUAACUUAGAUUACUGCUUUGUGAAGUACUCUGAUUAUUCCUCCUAUGUUGGCAUAGGCUUGUCCAACUUCCUCAAAGAUCUUGUGUUUAUAAUCUUGAUGACCAUAACAAGUGUUUACAUCCUUGUCCUUCUCUACUUGCACAGCAAAAGAGUGAAAAACAUCCGCAGCUCAGAUCGGGGUCAGAGCUCCAGAGCUGAGACCAAAGCUUCGCGAGCUGUCGUCACUUUGGUUAUCCUCUAUGUCGUUUUUUUUGGCACAGACAAUGUCAUUUGGCUGUACUCGAUUACUAUCCUGAGGGUGCCACAGGUCUUUACCGAUGUCCGUGUCUUCUUCUCCUCCCUUUUCACUUCAGUGUGCCCAAUUGUGAUUGCCAUUACCAAUCCAAAGGUCAAAUCCAAGAUAAAAAUGGUCAAAGUGAAGACAAUGAACAAAGUUUCAACAACCUGA